GGUAACUUAAUCUCCUAGAGUUGCAGUCAAUUGAUGGCGGAGCGGCACCACCAGGCGCCGCCACCAGCGGCGAUGGAGGAGCUCACCAAGGGCCUGCUCCGUGAGAAGGGUCCUUCGGCCUCGCAGGUCCUGGCGGUGGUCACUCUUCUCCCCAUCGGCGGCAUCCUCCUUGCCCUCUCUGGCAUCAUCCUCGCCGGCACCGUCAUCGGGCUCGCCGCCGUGACGCCGCUGUUCGUGAUCUUCAGCCCGGUGCUGGUACCAGUGGCGUUGGCGAUUGGACUGGCGGUGAUGGGUUUCCUCGCGUCGGGGGCGUUCGGGCUGACGGCGCUGAUGUCACUCUCGUGGGUGGUGAGCUCCGUCAAGGGUCGUCGAGGCCCGAAGCGCAGGCCUCCCCGGGUUCCAGCUGCCCGUUAAGUCGACUUGAAUUUUAGUCUUCCAAAUAGACCUCGUCUUACUUUGUACAAGUUGAAAACUUCCAGCCUCGUAUUAUAUAUGUCGGAGUUUUUGCUACAUGCACCUCAAACAUGCCUGUCCAUGCGAUUAAGUGGAUUCUGUGUAUGCUGUUUCCACCCUUUCGCUUGGCAGGAGGGUGGAAUAUUAAUUUCAGAAGAAGAAAAGAAGGAAAUUGCAGGAAAAA